UCUGCCGCCUGCGCCGCUCGUAGCGCCGCGAACUGCCUCUGCCGCCUGCACCGCUCGUAGCGCCGCGAACUGCCUCUGCCGCCUGCGCCGCUCGUAGCGCAGCAACCGUGGCGUCGCGUGGGACCGGGAAGACUGUGGAGCUGGAAUACGGCGGCCCGCCGCCGGACCCGCCGCUGGACCCACCGCCGGACCCGCCGCUGGAGCCACAGCCAGGCCCCAGCCGGGCCCAGCCCACCGACUACAGCCUGUCGCAACAACUGGGGGCCGAACCGGAAGAAGAUGAAUGCGAAGAGGCUCUCGCCGCCAACUUGCUACAGGAUGAUCUGUCAGGGUCGUUCAGAACGAUGCGAUCCAACACACCUGGUGCUGAGGAAGGACGGCAGCUGCUGCGGCCGCUGACCCCCGAGGAUGACUUGUACGAAGAGGCACAGCUGCUGUGCCGGAUGGUGAGCCCGUGGCCGCGCCUGCUGGCCCUGGCGCCGUGCGCGCCGCCGCCGGACGUGGCUGACGAGCAGCCAGAGCGGGCGCCCUGCUGCCGCAGUCUGCUGACCUGCCUCGCCAUGCUGGCCGCGCUGCUGCUCAUCCUUGUCAGCAUCGCCCUGCAGUGGGCACACUGCCAACGGGUGUACCUGGACCGACUGAUGGCCUCCAGCCACCUGGCGACAAACAGCAGCGUAGCCGCCCAGCCGCCCGAGUACCUCUGCAUCCCGUCGUUCGUGUGGACGUUCCUGGUGCCGCGCCUGCUGUGGGCGCUGGGGUACCUGGCCAUCUUCGUCUGCUGGUUCUGCCUGCGCCAGCCUGACCUAGCACAGGUCGUCAGUAAGGCAUAUGAGUCUGUGACCGACCAGGGCCAGUACAAACUGGUGUCGCGCAGCUUCGCGGCGUUCUGUCGUCGGGACCGAGCCAUCAUGGUCUUUUGGUUCUGCGCCACCAACGUCAUCUCUCUGUUCAGCAGUCUCCUGGGAGAAGGAAUUCUUACAUACGACCUGGCACAGCUGAAGCCCUUCCCCGCGCCCCCGCUCGCAACGGCCACAUACGUCUGCACCUGUCUGGUGCGGCUGCUGCUGGACAACUUAAUGGUCUACUGCAUCAUCACCUACACGCUCUCGCUCAAGUACUUCCAUCUGAUGAUGACCAAGACAGCUGACCAUCUGAUGCACCUCUGCAUCGAAGAGAGCUAUCCAGAGUGCUUCGCCUACGUCCAGCUGCAGACUGCCAAGAUCUGCGAGGUGAUCCACGGCACUCAGCCGUUCAUCUCGACCGCCCUGCUGCUGGCGAUGCUGCGGAUCUGCCAGACGGCCACGCUGAUGUGGCUGGACCUGACGAACCAUCCGCGCCGCUGGCAAUCGCUCGGACAGGCGCCCAUGGCCGCCUGCCUCCUUCUGCAGGUGCUCUACGUUAUCCACCGGUGCCUGAUGACGUCAGCUGCCGGGCGGGCCAUGCGCGGUCGGCGAGCGCCCACGUUUGCGCCCACCCGGCUGCGCUCGCCGAUGGAGCGGACGAGCCCGCGCCGCGUGCCCUGGGACAGCCGACGUACUGUGCUCUGGCACACCGCCAUGCAGGACACCCGCUCCAUCACGGGCCAGCUGUUCGGCUACAGCGCAGACCAGUGCAUGUAUUGGCUGGUACUGGUGGGCGGCGCCUGCUACUGCCUCGGCUACCACUCGCUGGAGGUCUACCGGCCACUGAUCUGAGGACGGCGGCUGUUGUGCCGGGGUGAUGUCCUCGCUUCGAGCACGCUAGCUGCUGCUGACUUGCAAUCUCGCGGUUUGAGCACGCUGGCUGCCGUGCCGGAGCAACCUCCAAUUUUCAUGGUCUCGCGGCUUGAUACGUUCGCACAUUUUCUAGAGAUUGUUGGUGAUAACACGCCGCCCUGUUAAGGUACUUGUUAGGCGCACAGCAUGUCACACUGGCUCUUUCUCACCGUUGUGCGAGAUAUUGGUGCGUGGUCAAGUUAAGGCGCCAAUAAAAAAAACGAAAAGAAUGGACCAGCGUCGCGCAGUAUUCCCGUACAUUAGAUGUAGUGGCUUGUCACCACACAUCCAGAUAUGUCUGGUUAUGAUGGUUACGCUGUAAGUAGCAGUUCAUCCAUUUGGUUGUAGGCAUUGAUAUAUCAUUCAAGUGGGUUUUUGCAAGUUGUUAUUGCCAUGCAUGAUGUGAUGCAAUUUAUAGAGAAUAUACAAAAGA